UUCAUCAGUGCCCUCGUCCUCACGCGGCUAGCUAACCCACCUCCCGUCCCCGCCCCGGGCGCGCGAGCGAGCGAGGAACGCCGCUUCAGCGGAGUCCCUAAAGAAAUAAACAGGAAUCACGGCAAAAUCAGAGAUCGGGCCGUUCAGAAAUAAAAUCGUGAGAAUCGACACAGACGGGAGUAAUAGGCUGGCUGUCACUUAAAGCCUGAAUCAACAGAGAGACAGAGAGAGAGACAAAUCCAGGAUGGCAGCCUCUGCCCCAGCCAAUCGGAGGUCGGCAUCUGGCUCACGCAGAUUCAACCCUCUGAGGGUUCUGCAGCCAAAGCGUCGCUUGCAGCAGAUGCUCUCACCCUCAGCCCCGCCCAAACCGGCACCCGCAGCAACGGCACCAGUAAAGGCGGUGGUAACCACGGCUACCGUGACAGUUCCGGUGCCAGCGCCCCCUGCGUUCGACUACUGCAGGUUUAUAGAGCUAGACUACGUUCCCAUGGAAACGGGCUAUAUGGUGUCGAUGCGUCCGACUAAAGGAUGUGCCGCCCCAAAGUCUCCUGAGCGUCACUGUCGGCGUACAGUGGCCCCGCCCAGCGGGAGGGAUCCCUAUGGCAACGCCUCCCUCAGCAGUAGCAGCAGCUCCUGCAAGGGCAGCGACUGUAGUCCCACCAAGCGUCAGACUAAGUACACAUCAUGCACAGAUAACCAUGGCAUCCGCCCCCCCGCCCCGGAGCAGUACCUCACUCCCCUGCAGCAGAAGGAGGUGUGCAUCCGACACCUGCGGGCGCGCCUCAAAGAGACCAUCAACCGACUGCAGGACAGGGACUCUGAGGUGGAUGCUCUGCGUGGUCAGCUGAGCCGCAUGCAGGAGGACUGGCUGGAGGAGGAGUGUCACCGUGUGGAGGCCCAGCUGGCCCUGAAGGAGGCACGGGGAGAGAUCCAGCAGCUGCAGCAGGCGGUGGACACGGUGCGCUCCAGCCUGGGAGACUCCUCCUCCCACAGUCCCGCCGUCAGCACCUACCUCCAGGACAUCAACACCCAGAACCACAAGCUGGAGACCCUGCUGCACAGCAUGGAGCAGGCCCAGGCCGGGGCCUCCAAGCUGGGGGAGGGAGGCUGCGGUGGCGGGGGCAGCGGGCCUGGAGGCCCAGGGGAGGGGGGAGGGAGUCCGGGGGGGGCCGGGGGGUCGUGUGAGGGGGGGUCCCCCGCCCGCUCCCUGACUCGCAGCUCUACCUACACCAAGCUGAGCGACCAGGCCGAACACAUUGAGGACUUCCUGUCCAGCGAAGGCGCCCAGGACAGCAGCUUCCUGUGCUGUGGCAAGGGUGGCGCCCCCUGUGGGGCAGAACUGCUGCUGGAGGCGGCCUUCCUGUCCGAGGAAACCGCCGCGCUGCUCUCCUCCUAUGCCCUGCACCUGCCCCAGCAACUACCCCAACACCUGCACCUGCCCCAGCAACUACCCCAACACCUGGCCCAGCAACACCUGCCCCAACACCUGCCCCACUCCUCCACCUGUGAGAAGCUCUGCCCUUCCGAGCACCUGGCGGCCCUGAGCUGUGGUGUGGGGGGGCUGGGGGGGGGCAGCCUGAGCCACCCCUGCCUGUCUCACCACCACCUGUACCUGCAUCACCUGAGGGACGAGGCCAUCCAGACCGAGAGCUGCCCUAACCCCGCCCAGGCCGGCUGCCCCUCCGAUCUGGACACCGUGGCGGAGCAGCGCACCUUCCGCUCGCAGGCCUGCAGCCCCGCCUCCACCUGGCCGUCCGACGAGGAGCUGGACUCCAUCACCAUGACGACCGAGCCCGUCCCGGGGCCCCCCCCCAGACAGAUGUCCUCCUCGAUCUCCUGCUGGGCCGACAUACCACUGUGUGGGGGGGCGGGGGGUCCGGACAGUGGGGAGGGAGGGGGGAGGCAGGGAGAGGGGAGGCAGGGAGAGGUGGGGGAGGGAGAGGGGAGGCAGGGAGAGGUGGGGGAGGGAGAGGAGGUAGGAAUGCAGAAGGAGGAGGAGAGACAACAGGAUGAGCUGGACUCUGACUUUGGGGAGACGGUGGAGAUAGACGGGAGAGAUCUGAGGGAGGCCGGAGAUCUGGCGGUACUGAUGGAGAAGCAGGAGGAGGAGGGGGAGGAAGUGAUUCAGGGGGAUGAGGCAGGAGGAGAGGAGCUACCUCACACCACCCAACCCCGAAGCUCCGCCCACCAAGAGGAAGUCACCGGUCACUCAACCGUGAGCGAUGAAGACCUGGACGCUGCCGGCCCGGUCCAGAGGAGCUACUGGAGCCGUCACUUCCUGGUGGACCUGCUGGCGGUGGCAGUGCCAGCGGUGCCCACGCUGGCCUGGCUGUGCCGGGGCCCGGGCAGGGAGGGGCUGCCCGUGUACCACAUGGGCUCCCUGCUGAGAGGCUGCUGCAGUGUGGCGCUGCACUCGCUCCGCAGGGGAGGCGGCCUCCGGCACUACCCUGCUGGGGGCGGGAACCAAGGGGGCACACCCAUCUGAGCCCUGACCCCUAGACUAUGACCCCUGACCCUAAACCCUGACCACUGAAUCAUGAACCCUGGCCCCAGACCCUUUACAACCUUGGGGAGCCGUGUGCCCAUCUGACCCCUGAACUUUCACCCUUGAACCCUGAACCCUGACCUGGCCCCUCCUCUGGCUGAAGGAUUGGAAGGGGUACGAGGAACGAACGGAAGGAGCUUGGUUCUUCAUUGUCUUCAAAACUGACUGGAUGACCUGAGUGUGUGUGUGUGUGUGUGUCCUGCUCCAUUAGGAAGGUGCUGUCUGCUCCUCCUCCCCCUCCCGCUUC